CACAGUUUACGCACUUCCCGGAAGUGCAGUGGGGGACACAGGCCCCGUCGAUUCAAUGCAACUGCACACAUAAGCACUUACUAAUAAUAAAGCCCUGUUUGUAUGUCAUUUCCAUGGAGUGCUGCCGCUAACACAUAUGGAGUGUCAAGAGGAAAAGCCGAUCAUCUAUACUAUGGAAAACAAGCCGAUUGUAACAUGUGCUGGAGACCAGGGCUUGUUUACGUCUCUCUAUACCUCAUUGGCCCAACAGCUUCCCAGGGAGCCAAUGGAAUGGAGGAGGACGUACGGCCGCGCACCAAAAAUGAUCCACCUUGAGGCUAAUUUUGUCCAGUUUAAAGAGGAGCUCCUCCCCAAGGAGGGCAACAAGGCUCUUCUCACCUUCCCCUUCCUCCACAUCUACUGGACUGACUGCUGUGAUACGGAGGCGUAUAAGAGCUCAGUGAAGGAGGAUAUGCUGCGCUGGCAGAACAGCUUGCGGACACACGGCUCAGCGGACUGGGUCAUCAUCGUUGUGGAGACCAACGAUACUAAGAAGAAGAACAAGACCAACAUCCUGCCUCGGUCCUCCAUCGUAGACAAGAUCCGCAGCGAUUUCUGCAACAAGCAGAAUGACAGGUGUGUGGUGCUGUCGGAUCCUCUGAAGGACUCAUCUCGGUCUCAGGAAUCCUGGAAUUCCUUGCUGCUGAAGCUACGAACCCUCCUCCUCAUGUCCUUCACCAAGAACCUGGGCCGCUUCGAAGACGACAUGCGUACGCUCCGAGAGAAACGCACCCAGCCUGGCUGGAGCUUCUGUGAAUACUUCAUGGUCCAGGAGGAGCUGGCCUUUGUUUUUGAGAUGCUGCAGCAGUUUGAGGAUGCCUUGGUCCAGUAUGACGAACUAGAUGCUCUUUUUACCCAGUAUGUCCUUAACUUUGGAGCUGGAGACACAGCUAACUGGCUCGGCUCAUUUUGCGCCCCGGUGCGCAGCUGGAGCGGCUUACUGCUCCGACGGCCUAUCGACAUGGAGAAGAGGGACGGGAUCCAACGAGGGGAGGCCAGCCUACUAGACUUGAGGAGCUACCUGUUCUCCCGCCAGUGUACCUUACUCAUCUUCCUCCAGAGGCCCUGGGAGGUCACCCAGAGAGCCCUGGAGCUGCUGCACAACUGCGUCCAGGAGCUACGCCUGCUGGAGGUGUCGGUGCUGGAGGGGGCGCUGGACUGCUGGGUGUUCCUCAGCUGCUUGGAGGUUCUGCACAGGAUCGAGGGCUGCUGUGAUCAGGCCCAGCUGGCUGCAAACUGCUCCCAUACUGUGGGCCUUUGGGCCUACGCUACUGACAAGCUGAAGUCGCUUGGUGAACUCUGUGGCCUGGUGUCAGAGAAGGGGCCAACGUCUGAGGACCUGAACAGGACUGUGGAUCUGCUGGCCGGACUGGGGGAUGAGAGGCCUGAGACUGUCAACAGUUUGCAGAGCCCUUACAAAAAGCUGAAAGAAGCUUUGUCGUCUGUGGAAGCUUUUGAAAGGCACUAUCUUGAACUAUCUCAUGCUGCUAUGGAGAUGUACAGGGCCAUCGGUCGACUGAGGUCUGCCAGACUGGUGGGAAAAAGCCUGGCUGAGUUCUACAUGAGGAAGGGGGACCCUGAGCGGGCAGAGACCUUCUUACAGGAAGCUCUUAAGUCAUAUGUAUCAGAGGGCUGGAGCCUCCCUGUCACUCACACCAGGAAACAGAUUGCUGAGUGUCAGAAACUGCUGGGCAGAACUGUAGACUACCUGCAGACCAGUGCCUUGUUGGCAGGUGAUGUGAAUCUGACCACGGAGGAGAGGAAGCACUUUUGUCAGGAAAUUCUGACCUUUGCUGGCAAGUCUGGAGAUCAGUCUAACAAAGUGACUCUCAGCAUGGGCGUUUUUUCUCAGCUCACACGGCUACAGUUCCGUCCAGCCACAGCCUCCGUGCACUCUGGAGCCGUCCUGCAGGUGGAGCUCACUCUGCGAUGUUUGAUGCCCGUGUCGGUGCACAUACAGCAACUAGCUGCUAGCAUUCACUUUGACCUGGAACACGCUGGGACUCACGGAAGAUCUAAGGGAGCUCAGAGACAAACGAACCCAGGGACAGUAGACUUUAACCAGAGUAACUCGUCAGCGGGCCCUCCCUCCCUCUCAGCUGGAGGCCCUCCUUUAGAGCUGGACGAGAUUCAGGACAGGAGUCCUUCGGACAAUUCUCUCAACUCUACAGGGGUGGUGUGUAAGAACACUCACCUGAUCAUGCGUCGUCACGACAGCAACUCACCGCCGGAUACGCCCAACUGUGUCAGCCCUCCUACCGUUACCAUGAAGGAAGGAGCACAGAUGCUCAAAGUGCAGGACGUAACGUUAGAGCCUGGGAAUAACAGCAUCAUAUUUACAGCACCAAGUGGACAACCAGGUACUUACACGUUGCGUCAGCUGUGUGCCACAGUAGGUCAGGUGCAGUUCGUGCUUCCUCACAUCUACCCAUCAGUCCAGUAUGAAGUCUAUUCUCAGGAGCCCCAGCUGACCGUGGAGCCUCUCUCAGAGCCGCUGCUGGCCGGUCUGCCUCAGAUGGUGAAGUUCACUCUGUUGACGGGUCACUACGCUGUGAAGAAAGGAGACGCUCUGCAGCUCAGCAACACAGACACCAUGCCCAUCCUGCCCUCCACCAGCUGCACCGCCCGCAUCAGCAACCCCGCUGCUGAGGUGGUGGGUGAAAGCGUCCUCUCCAUCCAAUCAUCUGAGAAGGUGACCAGCAUCAGCCUGCCCCCCACCCCUCCCUACCACACCCUGGAGUUCCAGCUGGAGGUUCUGUGUGUCAUCCCGUCCGGGUUGGACCGGCCCGCCAACGAGAGGCUGACCAACGGAGAGGUCCGCCACCGGCCACGCAGCUACAGUCAUCCCGACACGCCCAUGACCGCCAUCGACCAGAGGAUGUCUAUCGACUGUCCGUGGUCGAUCUACUCCACGCUGCUCGCCCUCACCUUCUACAUCCCCUUCAAGACCAAACACUCACUGCUUUCUGCUGGUAACAGAAAGUACAUCCAGGUGUGCGUGCAGAACAUGUCAGACGUGAACUUCACGCUGGCAGAAGUGAAGCUGACAGAGAAGCAGCAUGCCUCGCUGGAGCUCCAGUCCCUCAACACUAAAACAAAACAGCUUUUAUGCAGUAAGCACAGUGUGUUCUGCUUGUGGGAGGUGAGGUGGAAGGACGACCUGCCCUCUUGUCUCCAGUGUGUUUUCUCUGCUAACUUCUCUCCACUCAACCAAGACAUCUCUGCCUUCAAACCCUUCCACUACCAGUUCCAGCUGGAGAGAGUCACCACGUUGUACAGCGUGAGAGCUGAGAUCCUGCCUCCUGCCGGCGAGCAGCACUGUCGCUCUGGUUUCCUGUGCGGGUUGGAGGUGUGCAUCACACGACUGACUGAACCUGCAGAGGGAGAGAUGGCAGAGGAGAGCAAGACUGACACUGACGGCCUCAAAACCACUAAACUGAUGUAUGAAGUGGCUGACAGCAGCAGUAACUGGGCGGUGUGUGGGAAGAGUUCAGGGAUGGUGUCGAUGCCCAUGACAGCCAACGCCACCCAUAAGGUGCAGAUCGAGGUGAUGCCUCUGUUCGCCGGACACCUGCCUUUCCCCAAGAUCAAAGUGCUGAAGUACCUGCCGCACACCGCAGCAGUGGCCAUCCAGCCAGACCCUGACAGCUGCGUGGAGAACGACAGUCUGUCCCUGCUGGACAAGACGCUGGACGACCAGGGGGACACGGCGAGCAUCCGCAGCCGGGGCAGCAUUCACUCUGUGGGCAGCGGCGAUCAGCAGCAGAAGGGCGUAGCGAUGCCGCGGCUGGAGCCCUUCAGCCCCGGACAGGUAUUCAACCACAGCCACACACGGCAGGUCCUGGUGCUGCCAGCCACAGACGACCACAUCAUGGAGGUCAACGCUACAUGACCCUGGUGGCAAGACCGCCCGCCCCCUUCUUGUAGGACUGAACCCAGGCCCUGGAUGGACUCUGCUGAGCUUUUGCUCCAGGGCAGAUGGGAUACAUGAGUCCAUGUCCGAGACUGCUGCAGAUUGCCGAUAUGGACUCCCUCCUCCCUAAAGCAUGAAACGUUCACAUCACUGGAGACAUUACGGACUAGACACAGUGAAGAGCCAAUGACAUCUGCUGAUACAUUUAAAUAAAGAUUUUUCUUUGCCAUACUUUGUACAUAGCUCAUUGGAUGGAUUUAUAGUUAUAAAUAUAUAAAUAUAUAUAUGGACUGAAUCAUACGGGCGCCCGUCGUGCUCCUUUUGAACUGAAGAAUAACACUCCUGAUUGUCCCAUGAUGCACCAAAGCCCUGUGUGUGUAUGCCUCAAUCAGCUUCUCAAGUACUGUAACUCUGACUGAGUGUGUCCAGCUGUUAGUCUCAUUUCUCCCGCAGUCUUCAUUUUCACAUCAUGAGACUUCUGCCUUGAUCAUUACAUUUGAGUCGCAGACAUAAGCCGCUGUUUUUAUUGAAGUCAAAAACCUUAACGCGUAUCCGGAGACGAGUCCGUAAUCAUCACUUUUCACAACACUCCCUCCGGUGUACGGUGGAGAUAAAUUCAGGAUCUGACUACACAAAAUCAGUCUGACAAUGGCCCCCGUUGUUCCUGACGCCAUCUGCUUGUUUUAUCACGAGCGGUGUGUCAUAAUGGAAGACAGCGUUUGCAGCUUCCGGGAUGCCUCUUGAAAUUAAAAGAUUAGCGUGUCAGAAUAAUUCCGCUUUUGCUCGUCUGGUUUGAAAACUUGCACAAUGUUGCCCAUAGGAGAGCUCUUUCAUUCAUGACUGUAUACACAGAGAUAUAAAAGAGGAAUGUUAAUGCUAUGAUACGCAACAGUGAAGUUGGUCCAUGGUUCUGCCUAUGCCUUGUGAAAGAUGGCAAGCUGUUAUUGGUUGAGGUCUUUCAAAAUGCCAAAUUCUUGUGUAGUCUGAUUCUGACAGAUCCCAUGUGUCUAGAGUAGUGAACAGUUAUCAUUUCUGGUUGGUAUCUUUGUUUGGAGUCACAGAAUAGAUUGAGAGACAAGUUUAAAAUUCAACUUGUCUUUGUACUGGAGGGACUGGUUUCAGUACUGGUGAAAUCAGCAGACUGUGAUCAGAGUCAGUCUAUGGAUUCAUUCCCAAAAUGAUCACGAGCCCAGCAAUUAGACACGUCCCAAGUUCUCAUGUGAAGUUCAGUAGCCUCUGACAUCCUUAUGUAUUGUCUUAUCAAAGUCAUAGAAAAAGCUCCAAACCAAUAAAAUUCUAACAGAUUUUUAAAAAAUUUAAAUUAAUUUUGGUGCUUAUCAGUUAAUUUAUCAACUGAAUUUUUGUCCUCUGAUGAUUAGAGUCUCAGUCAAUAAUACAUGCAUUUUUUUGCUUGACAAAAAGGACAGAAAAUCAAAUCAUUUAUAAUUUAUAAGAUAAAAUUAUUGAAUCUUUCAAAAAUAUAUAUACAAAUUUAGUUAGUCUUCAUGAUACCCACUUGUAAAAAAAUAUGAAACACAUGAAUAUUGUUCAAUGAUUUUAUAUUUAACAAAAACAGUCAUUUAUGUUCUCUGACUCAAAUACAAACAUCAGCACAAAACUCUGAUAUAAAACCACUGAUGACUCAACAGGCUCAGACUGUAGCGGUGUGUGUGUGUGUGUGUGUGUGUGUGUGUGUGUGUGUGUGUGUGUGUGUGUGUGUGUGUGUGUUUCUGUCCAGCUGUAGUUUGUGUGUAUGUGUGAGGGUUUCUGUGGAUGUUUCUGUUCGAGUGUGUUUGACCAGGUGAGACUUUUGAAUAAGGAUCAGCCAGUGCACAUUAUUGUCUAUCUAUUGUCUUACCUUUCAGUGGAUUGUUCAUAUACAGUGUGUAUAUUUAUUCUGUGUGUGUGUGUGCGUGUGUGUGUGCAUGUGUUGCCAAUUACGUGUCCGAGCUAUGCACACAUAAAAUUAGCUGUUGAAUAGAUGAAUGAAAUAAAUAAAUACAUUUAUUUAUUCAUUCAUUUAUUUGAAAGAAUGAAUGUCAGCCCCCCACCCCACCCCACACACACCUCCCCCCAAACAGACAGACAGACACACACACUCACACACAAACAGUGUAACUACAGCCUCAUGCUCCUCUUCUUCGACCACUGUACAUACUGAUGUGUAAAUAAUGAUUCAAAUCAAAAUCAUCUUUGAUUGCCAACUAUAUUAAAAAAUCAUUGGAACUGA